AUGCAGCUCUCAGCGCUCUUCACUGCCCUCCUCCUGCCUCUCAUGGCCGUUGCCGAGGGCGAGUCCACCACCACCAAGACAAAGACUCUGACUCUCACCGAGACCCUCACCCUCCAGCGUCUCCAAGCCGUUCACACGGGUUCGCACAACUCCACCGCCGCCCUCCAAACCGGUGCCACCACCACCUUCAACCCUGCCGCCUCGACCACCACAUCAGGACCGACACUCGACCCCACACCGGACAAUGCUGCCGGUGCUCUCAAUGCCGCCAACGUUGCCGCCGCCGCCAUGGCCGGCAUUGUCGUCGUUGCUUUCCUCUAA